AUGGCGCCAUCAGAGACCGCUUGGUCGACCGAGUACGAUACCCUCAGACGGGAGGACCUCUUCAGAAACCCGCCCAAAGCCGCGAGCGCGUACCCACAACUUCAGGAGGCAAUCCGACCUCACGUGGACUCCUUCAACUACAUAUUCGCCGAACACGGCCAGAUCCAACACGCCCUAAAAGACAUUGGCACGAGGACGUUUCUGGAUGGAAAUGGACAACAAGGCGAUGUGCGGAGAAACAGACUACAAGUCCGGAUACGACAGAUAUAUCUGGACAAGAGCCAGUUACCGCCCUCGAACAAGGUCGAGACAAAGAAGAGAGAGAUUUUGCCAGUAGAGUGCCGGGAGAGGCAUACAACAUACAGAGGACGGUUUAGGGCAAGCUUGCAAUACCGUGUCAACGAUGGAGAGUGGAAAGAGAAUGUGCGUGACUUGGGACAUCUACCCAUCAUGCUACGAUCGAAUCGGUGUCAUCUGGAGGGACUGUCUCCACGGGACCUGGUAAACCGCAGGGAAGAGACCGAAGAGCUGGGAGGCUACUUCAUCGUCAACGGCGUAGAGAAGUUGGUACGAAUGCUGAUUGUGAACCGGCGAAACUUCCCCAUGGCGAUCACGCGACCGUCUUUCGAGAACAGAGGAGCGACAUACACCAAGUACGGUGUGCAGAUCAGAUCAGUACGGCCGGACCAGACGUCACAGACGAACGUGCUGCAUUACUUAAGCGACGGCAAUGUCACAUUCAGAUUCUCAUGGAGGAAGAAUGAGUAUCUUGUCCCAGUCUUAAUGAUCCUCAAGGCUCUCUCGGAAACCAACGACCGAGAGAUCUUCGAAGGCAUUGUUGGUCCGGCCGGCGGCCAGGGCCUCGAAAGCAAGCAAUUUGUCACAGACCGAGUGGAACUUCUUCUUCGGACGUACAAGGCCUACAACAUCCGCGGCAAGGCCAAGACGAGAGCUUACCUGGGGUCCAAGUUCCGAAUAGUACUUGGCGUCCCUGAAGAUAUUAGCGACGAUGAGGCGGGCACCGAAUUCCUUCGCAAGAUUGUACUGCCCCACUUAGGAUCCUACGAUGUUACAGAAUCGAAUGAUUCAGACAAGUUCCGAUUGCUACUCUUCAUGAUUCGCAAGUUAUAUGCGCUAGUCGAGGGAGAGUGCACGGUCGACAACCCAGAUGCGGUCCAGAAUCAGGAAAUUCUGCUUCCCGGCUUCCUGUACGGCUCCAUCAUCAAAGAGCAAAUUGAUGAGUGGCUGGGGACAAUAGGUUUGAGCUUGCGUGACUGGGGCAGGCAGAAUCAAUGGCCUUCCUUCACAAGUCGAGAAUUCGAGAAGGACUUCAUCUCCAAGAUCAUCCGGAAGACUAAUGAGAAUCUUGGCCAAAAGAUCGACUACUUCCUUGCAACUGGUAAUUUGGUCAGCCCUAGCGGUCUCGACCUGCAACAAACUUCUGGAUUCACGGUCGUUGCUGAGAAGAUCAACUUCUACCGGUUCAUCAGUCAUUUCCGCAUGGUGCAUCGUGGAAGCUUCUUUGCGCAGCUGAAAACGACGACAGUGCGCAAACUUUUGCCAGAGAGCUGGGGAUUUCUCUGUCCAGUGCACACACCUGACGGAUCGCCGUGCGGUCUUUUGAACCACCUUGCGCACAAGUGCAAGAUUGCAACGGAGAAUACUGACGCAUCGCAUGUCCCGGCACUCGUAGCGCAACUUGGCGUGACAGCGACGUCUGAAGCAACGCUCAGUGACAGCGUCGUCACACAGUUGGACGGCCAAGUGCUCGGCUUCUGCUCACCAAAGCAAGCCAAGGUAAUAAGCGACACACUGAGGUACUGGAAGGUGGAAGGCACUCACAAUGUACCAGUUGAUCUCGAGAUUGGCUACAUUCCGCUUUCAAAUGGCGGCCAGUACCCAGGUGUAUACAUGUUCUCCGAGCCAGCGAGAAUGAUCCGACCAGUCAAGUACCUGCCGCUCGAGAAGCGAGACUUUGUUGGGCCGUUCGAACAGCCAUUCAUGUCAAUCGCCUGCACGGAACCAGAGAUUGCAUCUGGUGACUCGACGCAUGUUGAAUUCGAUGUGACGAACAUCCUAUCCAUCAUCGCUAACCAAACGCCCUUCUCCAACUUCAAUCAGUCGCCCAGAAACAUGUAAGUGUGAGCUUCCAUUCCAAACAGCAGAGAUACUUGUUUUCUGACCAGGCCUCGUUGCUCCAGGUAUCAGUGUCAGAUGGGUAAGCAAACAAUGGGUACACCUGGAACAGCUCUAAAAUACCGGACGGACAACAAGUCCUACCGCUUACAGACUGGUCAAACCCCGAUCGUGAGGACUCCUAAGCAUAACGAGUAUGGACUUGACAACUUUCCGAACGGCACGAACGCUGUUGUCGCUGUGAUCUCAUAUACUGGAUACGAUAUGGACGAUGCUAUGAUUCUGAACAAGUCAGCACACGAGCGAGGAUUCGGACACGGCACGAUAUACAAGGCCAAGAAGAUCGAUCUCGCGGAAGAGAACAAGACAGGCCGUAACAGGUCCGCAGUCACGCAUAUGUUCGGCUUCGCACCUGGCGGGAUUAUCAAGUCGCAGUGGCGGAACACCCUAGACGACGAUGGUUUGGGCCGGGUCGGCGUCAAAGUCAAGGAGGGCGAUGCAAUCGCUGCUUCUUACGCUGUCGUCAAAGAUCCACUCACUGGCGAGUACGUGAACAAGGACAACGUCACGCACAUCCACAAAUACAAGGAGUCUGAAGAAGCUUUCAUCGAAGAAAUUAAGCUCAUCGGGAACGAAUCCGGCAACAACGACCCAUGUCAAGCUAUCAGCAUUCGGUUCAGGAUACCUCGGUCUCCUGUCAUUGGUGACAAGUUCUCUUCACGGCACGGCCAAAAGGGUGUGUGCUCCCAGAAAUGGCCAACUAUCGACAUGCCCUUCACGGAAAGUGGAAUGCAGCCCGAUGUCAUCAUCAACCCACACGCUUUCCCGUCCCGUAUGACGAUCGGCAUGUUCGUCGAGUCGCUUGCUGGCAAAUCAGGGGCUUUACAUGGCCUAUCACAAGACUCCACGCCGUUCAAAUUCAAGGACAAAGAAGGCGAGACAGCUGUCGAAUACUUUGGGCACCAACUCAAGCGCGCCGGGUACAACUACUACGGUAACGAGCCCAUGUACUCUGGCAUAACUGGAGAGGAGUUGGCCGCAGAUAUCUACAUCGGAGUCGUAUACUACCAACGUCUUAGACAUAUGGUGAACGACAAGUUCCAGGUUCGAACGACAGGUCCAGUCACACCACUCACUGGCCAACCGAUCAAGGGCAGAGCCAAGGGUGGUGGUAUCCGUGUCGGAGAGAUGGAACGUGAUGCUCUGCUUGCUCACGGUACUGCCUUCCUUCUUCAGGAUCGACUGAUGAACUGCAGCGAUUACACCAAAGCGCAUAUCUGCAAGACUUGUGGCAGUUUCUUGUCUACGCAGCCGAGCUCUGGAUCAUACAGCAGGCGAAGAGAAGGUGGAAGGUUUCGGUGCAGGAGGUGCAGUCGCAAGGCCAUGGCAUCUGAUCCCAAGAGUGGCUGUUGGGAGGAUCGAAAAGGAGGGAAGUGGUUUGGUGGCGACAAUGUCACAGUGGUCGCUAUACCCGGUGUGCUGAAGUAUUUGGACGUCGAACUGGCGGCUAUGGGUAUUCGGAUGAAAUUCCGAGUCGAACCUUGA